GGCGGCUGGUCAUGGCAUUUUACUUGUGGGAAAAACGUCGGGACCAGGAAAGCAACGUUUUUGACUGUUGGGGUAGUUUUGGUGAUUUUACGUCACUGAAAGUAACCUUGGGCUACUUAUUUAGGAAGCGAAUUGAUUUUCUGGAGAGACACGAUUGUUAUUGUAUCAGAACUGAAAGCUAGCCUACUUGCUUGAGCAAUAGAUACAAAGUUACACCUCCCAGUCCACUGGAUAAUUGUGUGACACGCGGAUCUGGGACGACUACUCGCUGUAAUGGACCACUGGAUUUAAGGAAUUUGGGACGAGUUUUUGGUUCUGGAUUAACAAUAAAUUUCCCCCCUCUCCGUCUGGUGUCAACACGGAUAGUCGGCAGUCAUGCCAGCAAAAACAAAGUACAAUCUUGUUGAUGAUGGCCAUGAUUUGAGAAUUCCAAUGCAUAACGAGGAAGCGUUCCAACAUGGGAUCAACUUCGAAGCAAAAUACAUCGGCAGUCUGGACGUGGCUCGGCCGAACAGCAGAGUGGAGAUUGUGGCUGCUAUGAGGAGAAUACGGUAUGAAUUCAAAGUGAAAAACAUAAAGAAGAAGAAGGUCAACAUCAUAGUCUCAGUGGAUGGAGUGAAGGUGGCACUAAGAAAAAAUAAAAAAAAGAAGGAAUGGACAUGGGAUGAGAGUAAGAUGAUGGUAAUGCAGGAUCCCAUUUACAGGAUCUUCUAUGUAUCUCAUGACUCCCAGGACCUGAAGAUCUUCAGCUACAUCGCCAGAGAUGGACAGAAUAACGUCUUCCGCUGUAAUGUCUUCAAGUCCAAGAAGAAGUCCCAGGCCAUGCGUAUUGUGCGGACGGUGGGCCAGGCGUUCGAGGUGUGUCACAAACUCAGCUUGCAACACACACACCAGAACGCAGAUGGACAGGAGGACGCAGACAGUGACAAGACCUGCAACGAGGAGUCCACACUCUCAGCCCGUGAGUUAACAGGAGCGGAGAAGUCGGUGGUUGCUGUGGAAACAGACAUUGAUGCUGAGGAGGCUCCCUUACCAUUACCGGACAGUACGGUCGAGGAGUUUAACCGCGGGGUCACUGACCUGGACGGAGUGUACGCUACUGCCAAGACUCACCACACACACCUCAACAACCUCGACAAGAAGGUUCCAGAGGAGGCCUCUCUGUUGCUGGCGUCCCCCAGGAUGCUGCUGCCGUCGUCGGGUACUCUACUCAACAGUGCUCCCCUGUCAGUUCACCACCAGAUUCAGCUGCUACAGCAACAGCUACAGCAACAGCAGCAACAGACACAUGUAGCUGUGGCACAGGUGCACCUGUUGAAGGACCAACUGAGUGCGGAGGCUACAGCCAGACUGGAGGCACAGGCCAGAGUGCACCAGCUGCUGCUCCAGAACAAGGACCUGCUGCAGCACAUCUCUCUACUGGUCAAACAGAUCCAGGAACUGGAGGUCAAAAUGUCUGGGCCCAGGUCCAUGGGAUCCCAGGACAGUCUAUUGGAGAUCACUUUCCGUUCCACUUUCCCCCCAGUGUUGUGUGACCCAAUGACCCCUCGACCCCAGGACCACGCCAGCCUCACCCUGCCAGCGCUGGGGAUCAACGUGGGCCAGGACAGUACGGUCAACCCACUCUUCUCUCCCUCCCUACCCCUGGGCAGCCCCCUAGUAGACCACAGUAUGUUUGAGAACUCCAACGCCUCCAGAGCUCCAGGCCAGGGGCUCCAUGCCUCCAGGUUGACCCAGGCCUCGGCCCGUCACUCCCUGGUCACAGCUAACCCUGCCCUGGGUAGCAGCCCUGCCGAGGCCCCCUCCUCCACCACUACCAAUGGAGGUCAGCAGAGGCUGAAGAACGCCCUGAACCUGGGCAAGGCUGUGGGGGCAAAGGUCAAUGACCUGCUGCGAAGGAAAGAGCCCAGUCAUAUAGGAGACAUCGGCAUCACAGAGAUCAACAAGAAUGUAGGAGCAGUCUGGAGCAAUAUGGAGGAGAUGACCCAGCGAACUACUGCCUAUAGUAAUGCCUCUCAGGACUCCUUCCCUCGUCUGGACCCCCCUCCUCCCGGUAAAAAAAAGCGUCUUCCUCGCACCCUGAAGACUACCCAGGACAUGAUGAUCUCGUCUGACCCCGUCGUCACCACACCACCCGAGACCCUCGAUCACUCCCUCCUCUCCUCCCCUAACAAGACCUCCCUCAUCAGCAAUGAGCAGACCCCACCAAAGGGAGAGCAGGACGGAGAGAAUGACAGAGGGAGAGACACACUCACCGGACUGACUGACCCUCUGGACAGCGAGAGGAAAGAGGAAGAGGUGAAGAUGGAGACAAAUGGGAGCAGUAAGAUGGAUGGAGUGGAAGGGAAUGAGACAGAGGAGAGGAGAGAGGGAGAGGGAGAGCAGACCCAGAUUCAGCUCCAGCUCUCUGUCCCAGACCUUAUCCAUAAGGACCACGUGGUCCCCCCCAGGUCGAGGACGUCUGAGCCCAGGCAGAAGGCCCCGGGAGCAGACACCAGGCUAGCCUCCACCCCGCUAAAAGGUCCGUACAGGAUCAGUGUGAGUGAGGAUGGGCUGAUGGAGAACAGCUCCCUCUGUAGGAAAGGAUCAGCAGACACAGAGGAGCCUGAACAACACCCCGACCUGCUUUGAGAAGACACACACACACACACACACACACAAAGCCUCUGGAGAGAGGGAGAGAUAAUGGGAACAGUGAUGUGGAGAGGAGCUGGCAGAAGGAGAGCAGAAGACAGAGAUUGUUUGUGUGAGAAUAAGAAAGGGAGGGAGGAUGUUUUUGACUAGACCCUAGACUAGGGUCUUCACUAGUUACUACAGCCACAAAGUCAGAAACCCCACCUAUUUCUACAAUUUAUCUUCUUAAAAUGUGAUUUUCAACCUUAACCACACUGCUAACCUUAUGGCUAAGCUUAACCCUAAAUGAAGACCAAAAAGCACUUUUUUUAAUGAUAUAGACAAUUUUGACUUUGUAUCUGUGGUAACUAGUGGAAACCUAGGGUUAGGGGAGAGAGAUAUAUAGAUCGAGAUAUAGAUCGAUAUAUAGUGUGUUUGAUUGAGUGAGAGUUGGAUAUAGUGGGAGAGGAACAGAUAGAGGAAGGGUAUGUGUGAGAGAGAUAAGAGAGAGAACAAGACAGAGAUGGGGAAAGAGUAUCUAUUUGAACAUAUCAUUAAGGGACAUACCACAUCUUUUCAAGAGAACCACAACAUCUUGGUCUGCCAACACUGUUUAACGUCAUGUUUUAUAUUGUUAACCUUGCAACGUAAUGUAGGAAGGAAGAUAUAUACCCAGACAUUUUUCGAUUUCUAAAAUAAUCUAUUUCAAAUGUCAUAGUGCCCUUUCAUGCUGAGAGAGAAUGUAUUUUUUAUGAUCUUUUAUAACUGUUGCCCUUCAGGAAAUAUAUCAAGCGUUCAGCAGGGAAUAUGAAAACCAAAGUGAACACGACAUUAACACUGACUGUAAGUUCAUGCUGUUGUGUCGGUGAUGUCAUCCUCACAACACAUAUUGAGAUAAGUAUUGUGGCAGACAUGCAAUUGGGUUUGUGCAGCCUGUACAGUAUGUGGGUUUGAUUUACAUUUGUUGAUUGACAGUCAUGGUUUUAGUAGUGCCAAUCACAGUCCUGUUGCUUUAUGUCCAUACAAUAAGGGUCAACAGUUUUAGAAAACCUACUCAUUCAAGGGUUUUUCUUUUUCUUUUUUUACUAUUACAUUAUUAUUACUAUUUACUAUUUAUUCUACAUUACUACAUUGUAGAAUAAUAGUGAAGACAACAAAACUAUGAAAUAACACAUGGAAUCAUGCAGUAACCAAAAAGUGUUAAACAAAUCCAAAUAGCCACUCUUGGCAUUCUCUCAACCAGCUUCAUGACGUAGACACCUGCAAUGCAUUUCAAUUAACAGGUGUGCCUUGUUAAAAGUUAAUUUGUGGAAUUUCUUUCCUUAAUGCAUUAAUUAGUUGUGUUGUGACAAGGUAGGGGUGGUAUACAGAAGAUAGACCUAUUUGGUAAAAGACCAAGUCCAUAUUAUGGCAAGAACAGCUCAAAUAAGAACAGAGAAAUUAAGGUCCAUCAUUACUUUAAGUCAUGAAGGUCAGUCAAUAUAGAAGAUUUCAAGAACUUUGUACGUUUCUUCAAGCGCUGAUGAAACUGGCCCUCAUGAAGAAUGGAAGACCCAGAGUUACCUCUGCUGCAGACAAUAAGUUCAUUAGAGUGACCAGCCUCAGAAAUAGCAGCUAAAUGCUUCACAGGUAGUGUAUGUUGUCAUUUGUUUUAAGCUUCUGAAUCCUUCUGCCAAAAAAAUGAUGGCACCAGAGACGACCACACACACACGGAGAGAGAGAAAGGAGUCUGUCUGUGGCUGCAAUUCUCACUCACAGCCUCCUCACCCCUCUACACAUCUCAUCCUCCUAUUUCCACCUCCUCCACUCCUCCCUGAGAUGAACAACCAGAUCCACUCUCUUUUUGCCCGCAGCACCUAUUAAUAAGACUUUACAUCAGUGCCUUGCAAAACUAACCUUAGAUCAGUGUGUCGGGGGAAUUACUACUACAACAGAACAAGGCUUAGGUAUUCUGUGUCGGGUGGUAUUGGGGUGUGUGUGGAUCUGUGCUUCCAUCAGUCAGACUAUUAGUCUGGACCUAGAAUCUCUGGAAUAGAGAGAGAGAGAGAGGACACAUGAAGGUUGAUAUAAUUGGGAAUUUAUUUUCAUCGAGAUUGUUAGCAUGUUGUAUCGACCCAGUGUUUUCCAAAUGGUGGGCCAUGGCUGAAAACUAGACUGUGACUAGAAACAUGGUUUUGCUUGUCUGGAGGUUUGCAAGACUUGAUGUAUUUCAUAAUGGUAAACUAAGUGCUUGGCAUCCACUGUAUUUUCAACUAUUUGUUUCAGAUGGUGUUAUUUGAUUAACUGUUUGAUAAGGUAACCUAAUCAUAAUGAUUAUGUAAACUAAAGCAAUAAUUCAUAGAUAUUAAAUAAUUCAUAUAUUUAUCCA